AUGUCUCUGCAAAACCUCUUUGUGGCGAAGCUGCCGCGCAAUAUCAGCGAUGCCGACCUCCUCAAUAUCUUCACCGAGUUUGGCCCCUUCAGUGCUAAGAUCAUGCUGGACGCGGCGACUGGCAAGAGCAAGGGAUUUGGUUUUGUGCUCUUUGACGAGGAGGAGAAGGGCGCCAAGGCCUACAAUGCGUUGAACCGUAAGAUGACGCGUGCCUGUGGGCACAGCUUCACGCUCGUGAUCUACCCUUCCAACCACAAUGGAAAGAUCUUUACCGAGGAGAGCAAUGCGCUGUAUAUCCGCAACAUCCCGAUGAACGUUGGGCAGGAGAAGAUGGAGCACUUUUUGAAGUCCUUCGGAAAUCUUAUCUACUUCGCCAUGCGUGAGGACCACUAUGGCAGCCCGGUGUGGGUCGUCUACGCCGAGUACGAGACUGUCGAGGAUGCCAAGAAUGCACUGGCGAAGCUCCACGGCAACAGCACCUAUUUCCAUGGCUCGGUACCGAUCCUCGCUAAGUUUGAGGACAGCGACGACGCCAAGAAGGCACGCCGGCGCCGUCGUGACGGAACGCAAACCCAUGCCCCAAACAGUGGGUGCAUCUUUCCGCCUCCGCACAACCAUCACGAGAGCACCGGAUCGCUGCCCACCUGUGCCACGACACUGGGAAGCGAGAAUGGUCUCUCUCAAAUUAACAGCGUCAGCUCCAACAGAAUCAUGGAAACCAAAAUGACGCCUACGAGCACGGUCGCUCCACGUGGCAGUUGCACGGGCCGCCUCACCGCCCCCAGGGCAAACCCGUCCUUCUCGAACGCGCCGCCGCCGCCGUUCCGACCCGCCCUGACGGAUGUAACGCAGUACCCUCCGACGCCGGUCUAUUCCAUGCCGCAGCCGCUACCGCAGCCGAUGCCAGGCUACUGCUACACCCUCAGCGAGAGCGGACAUCAAAUUUUCAUCCCUGUGUCGUCUUUCAGCCCUCCAAUAUCGCCCUACGACUUUUCCCCCGCCGCGCAGUCGGCACCACUGCUGCUGGUUAGCGCAACGCUGCCAACAACGGAAACUGGUGUCAAGUCAAACUUUCCUCUACUGAAUUCCACCACGAAUACACCUGUGAUGCUGAUGGAAAAUAGGCCCCAGUACGUUCUCGCUCCUGAUGCUGUGAACAUAAGCUGCGACCCAUUCACUUCUCCGACGUCCAGCCUUGCACCAAUGAUAACAGACUCGCAAUCGACAACCCUGCUGGGUGGGAGGAGAAACCAACCGACCUACACGAGCGGCAGCGCUAGCGUGAUGCGUGCAUUCAGCGUCUCCCAUGAUUCCAGCUACGUAGAACCACUUCAAGUCGUCCCUACUGGCUGCGAUACUGACGGCGGACAUCUCGGUGAAGCAAGUGUGACAGGUCUCAACGACGACGCCGUUCGUGUGCAUGCCCUACAAGAACCUCGCGUAGAGAGACAUUCGACCACUGGCCGAAGUGAAUUAGGCGUGGGGUGGUAG